AGGAUUCUGUUCUUUCCAUAUCUCACUCUCUCCUCUCAUUAAUGCUGUCUGUGGCCAGUUUACUAAACAGUUAAGAAUGUCUACUUUUGUUGCUCUUCAUAGCCUUCAAGGCUCUCUUCUUCGAUCCCAGUUCCUAGGCCAAGAUAGCCUUACUCAUCUCUACCCUCGCAGCAAGCCAUCCACCAUUCACAGCAUACCAACCUACAAUGUAGUACAACCAUGUGCCAAAUUUGACAUGGUGCAAAUCUUGGGAGGCAGAGGACUCUGCAAUGGAGAAGAAGGCCUUCAGCAAGAGCUGAAAAAGCAAGUUGGUGUUGAUGAGAAGCCACCAACAUCAGCAGAAAGUGACAAAGAGCAAGAAAACUUAGGUGGCUCAACACAGUCUUUAGAAAGUGUUGUAGAAGAUGGUUUUGAUAAAGAAUUGAUGGGGUUAACUGGGGGGUUUCCAGGGGGUGAGAAGGGUUUGAUAAAAUUCAUUGAGGAAAACCCACCUCCCAUUUCAGGUGCAGGAAACAAAAGCCUGAACCUUUCACUGUCAAAGAAGCCAAAACCACCAGAACUUCCUUUGUUACUGCCAGGAAUGAUUGCCAUUGUGAAGAACCCAAAUAACCCUUUUUACAUGUACUGUGGUAUUGUCCAAAGAAUCACAGAUGGAAAAGCUGGGGUUCUCUUUGAAGGAGGGGUUUGGGAUAGGUUGGUCACAUUCAGGGUGGAAGAAUUGGAGCGCAGAGAAAAAGGCCCUCCCAUGAAGAACCCCAAGUCUUGUGUGCUUGAACCAUUUCUUGAACAGAAAUCAUAGUUCAGCUCUUUGUUGCAAUUUGCAAAGAAUGUUCACUUUUGUUAUCACGUAUAUAUAUCAGCCUUUCUGACAAUUAAAGCUUAGAUGGGAUUGCUAUAGCUGCUUUGAUAUUCUCUUUUGCUGAGUGAUGUUAUGAGGGUUAACCAGAAAUGAACAAAGGUUGAAUUGGUACGAAUGAAAAUAAUACUUCUUUGUGCUGAACCUGUAAAUUUAUGUAAGGUUAUGUUGAAAAAAUAAAUAAAUUUGAUGGUGUAUAUAAUUCAGUGUGAUUUUUAUUGUUAUAUUUUUAGAGAGAGCUG